ACCGUUCAUAUAAAACAGAACGUCAAAUGUAGAGUGAAUUUUAUUGUCGAUUUUUAUACACUAUACACGUCUUUUUUUAUUUUAUUUUAAUAAAUACAACCUUUGUUUUAUUUAUUUAUUUAUUUAUAGAGACGAGUAAAUAAACUAUUGUAUUAUUUGUUUACUAUAUAACUUAUUUAAUGUAAUUAUUAAUUCUUUAGUAUUUUAAUGUAUUUAUUUGCUUUUUUUAUUUUGUUUUCUUUUAUUUAUUUUUUCUCGGUACAUAAUAUAUGAAGUAAACAAAGCAGACGUGCAUAUGUGUAUGUUAAAGAUAUUUUAUUUCAGUUAAAUUAAGAUACAAAUAUAUUAUUAUUUAUUAUUUUUAAAUCAGAGACAUAGAUCAGAAGCAAAUAGACGACGCAUAUGGACUGUAUGCGAUAAUUUCACUUACUCGCAGACUUAAAGGUAGGAGGUAUCUGCUGAGGAUCUGAGGAGCUACUGGUGUUCUCCGCAAAACGAGGAUCAUGGACGCAACCUUAGCGGUGAUUUUGAUCAGGACAAUUCAGUUGGCACUUCUGGGGUUGGCAGUUACCCUUAGUAUAACAUCCCACUUGUGGCCAAGCGAGACACCAGUUAGAGAUGGAGCCACGUUUGAUUUUAUCGUAGUAGGCGUGGGGACAGCGGGCAGCGUGCUGGUCAACAGACUGACAGAGAGUGGGAGGUACAGCGUGCUGGGGAUAGAAGCUGGCGUAGAUCCACCAUUAGAGUCCGUUUUACCAGCGUUAUUCCUGUUUUUGCCGUCCUCACGCUAUGACUGGAAUUAUACAUCUGAAAAUGAUGGUUACACAGCGCAAACACAUAAAAAUAAGAAUUUAGAACUGACUUCUGGAAAAAUGCUUGGCGGUUCUACUUCGUUGAAUCAUGAGAUUUAUUGCAGAGGAUUUCCCCAUGACUUCGAUCUUUGGGUCGAAGCGGUAAAAGACCAAAGGUGGUCCUAUAAUAAUUGUUUGCCAUAUUUUAAGAAAAGUGAAAAAUUAGAGGAUGAAGCGAUUUUAAAAUCUAAUUAUAAAGAUCUUCAUGGACUCCAUGGUACUGUUGGAACCACAAGGGAACCUCAUGACAUAACAAAUAAAUAUUUAGAAGCCUUUCAAGAAAUUGGAUAUGAAACUGUUCUAGAUACUACAGAAAGUCUCGGUUACUCGGAAAUAUUAUUCACAAUUGCUAAUGGAAUUAGACAAAGUACAGCUAUUUCAUAUUUAUUUCCUAUUAGAAGAGGACGCAAGAAUUUGUCACUAUUAAAAGAAACUUUGGUGACCAAAAUUAUAUUUGAUAAGAACAAAAAUGCUAGAGGGGUUAGUGUUGUCACUAAGGAAGGUAAAUCUUUAACAUUCAGAGCUAGAAAAGAGGUUAUUGUAUCUGCAGGAGCAUUUAACAGUCCAAAAUUGUUGAUGCUCUCAGGGAUCGGGCCUAAAGAAGAAUUACAGAAAUUUGAUAUAAGCGUUAUAUCAGAUCUACCUGUUGGAUCCAAUUUGCAAGAUCAUGCAGCUAUUCCUAUAGUCUAUAGAAUGGAAAAGCGUUUUACAUUGAUUCCCAUACCGCCCAGCCCUUUCAAGUUCCCUCUCCCAGGUAUAAUCGGUUAUAAUGCUUUAAAUAAGUCUCAAGGCUAUCCAGACUACCAAUCCUUUGGGUUCAUUUUUCAAGAUCCUACAACUCUUAUACUAAUUUGUACUUUUGUGUUCGCUUACAAUGAUGAUAUUUGCAAUACUUUACAUGAAGCCGGUGAAGGCAGGGAAAUUCUGUUCAACAUACCCAACAUUGCUCAUCCUAAAUCUCGUGGCUCUGUUAAAUUGCGAAGCACGGACCCAAAUGACCCGCCGAUAAUAAACAUGGGAUUUUUCUCAGAUAAAGAGGAUUUGGAAAAUAUGGUGUUAUAUUUGGAAGAUUUAAUGCGUAUAGAAAAUACAACAUUGUUUAAAAAAGUUGGCGCUGAAUUAGUUGACCUUCAUUUGGAGAGUUGUUCCCAAUAUGAGUACAGAAGCAAAGAUUACUGGAGAUGUUACAUACCGAAAACUCUAGUAUCUUUAUUCCUUUAUACCAGUACAUGUUCUAUGGGGUCCGUUUUGGAUGCUGAAUUGAAUGUGCUUGGUAUAAAUAGGCUAAGAGUUAUCGAUGCCAGUUCUAUGCCAACUAUUACCAGUGGAGAUCCAGGCGCCUCUGUUAUUAUGCUUGCAGAAAAAGCAGCUGACAUUUUGAAGAAAAAAUAUUAUGGAUUGUAAAAAAAUGAUAUUUAAUUUCUAAUAGUUGCUUUUGUUUGUAAAUUAUGCUUUUUAAUUGAGAGUAAAUUAAGUUAUUAUAAUA